AGUAUAUGGUAAAUUUGCAAAUUCAAGUGAAAACUAUUUUGCAGCCUGAGUAACAUACUGUAAUUCAGAAAUUUGCAAGGACAGCUCUUUCCUCACACCAAAACAAUUGCUUAUUCAAUGCUGGCAUUUUUUGGCCUUUUUUCUCUUAAUUACUUAAUGGUUCUUAUUUAUGAAGCUAAAUAUAUUUUUAGAGAUAAUGAAGACAUGGUUGUAUUAAGGUUAAAAAACAUUCCAGCAUUAUAUGGAGAAAGUUGAUAAACUCAUAAGAAAAAUAGAUCUUUAUUAAGAUGAUUUUCUAGCAGGACUAUCUGCUUUUCUGAAUCUCUCAGGAGAAAUAAUAGGCUAUUGUCAAGGCUAUUGUUAACCUAUUUUGCGACAGAGCAUGUGAAAAUAUUACAUGAAGGACAUGGAUAAAGUGUUUUAUCUGAUCUGAUAUUUUUCCCCUCAUAUUUUUUAAGGAUCUUACAUAUCAAAAGUCUAUAUUCUAUAUUAUCUAGCGAAAUUUUAGGUCAAUUAUGUAUUGCCUAUUUAAGAAGAAAACCUUAACUGCCCUUAGAAUUUGUAUUUCCAUAGUAUGGAAGAUUUUUAUCCAAAUAAAAAUCAUGGUCCUGACUCUGGAAUUGGAAGUGAUAAUGGAGAGAAACGAUUGUCUACAACAGAACCAUCAGAUGACGACACAAUUAGCCUUCAUUCUCAAGUGUCAGAAUCAAAUAGAGAGCAGACAUCCAGAAAUGACAGUCACUCAGUAGGAAGUAAACCUGAUUCUCAAAAAGACCAGGAGGUGUAUGAUUUUACUGACGCCAACACAGAUGAUGUAGUAGUUCCUGAACGAGGAGAUGCACAUAUUGGAUCAUUUGUUGCUUUCCUUAAGGGAAAAGAGAAAGGUCCUGAAAAAUCUCAGAAAAAUGAAGAAUUGGGAGAUGAAAAAAGACUUGGGAAAGAACAAUUACUUGCUGAGGAAGAGGAUGAUGGUUUGAAGGAAGUAACUGAUUUGAGGAAAAUAGCUGUUCAGUUAUUGCAGCAAGAGCAGAAGAACAGACGGAGGCCUUUAUGUUAUAGAGCAUCAUUCAGUGAAAAAUUCUUCCAGAGGACCAGAGCAGCAGGACGUGCAUCAAGGAUUCUUAAUCAUUCAACUUAUGUCAUAAGAAACAAGCCAAAACAAACUAUGGAAUGCGAAAAGAGUGUCUCAGCAGAUGAAGUUAAUUCACCCUUAUCACCCCUCAUAUGGCAGACCUUAGAAAAUCAAAAGGAUCAAACAGAUGAGCAGCAAUGGCCAGAAUCUCACCCUAUAAUCUGGCAGAGUGAAGAAAGGAGGCGGAGCAAACAAAUUAGAAAAGAAUAUUUCAAGUAUAAAUCAUCAAGGAAGAGUUCAAGUGGCAAUGAAAACAAUGAGCAAGGCAGUGAUAAUGCUAAUAUGUCACCACAAUCGCCAGUAUCAUCUGAGGAGUAUGAUAGAACUGAUGUUUUUUCACAUGGUCCCUUUGGCUUGAAGCCUAGAUCAGCUUUCAGCCGCUCAUCUCGCCAGGAAUAUGGGGCAGCAGAUCCAGGUUUUACAAUGAGAAGAAAGAUGGAACAUCUACGGGAAGAGCGAGAGCAAAUACGACAGCUUCGCAAUAAUCUUGAAUCCAGGUUAAAAGUAAUUUUGCCUGAUGACAUAGGAGCUGCACUGAUGGAUGGGGUUGUUCUUUGCCAUUUAGCCAAUCAUAUAAGGCCACGCUCUGUAGCUAGUAUUCAUGUGCCAUCACCAGCAGUGCCUAAACUUAGCAUGGCGAAAUGUCGAAGAAAUGUAGAAAAUUUUCUCGAUGCUUGUAAAAAGUUGGGUGUCUCACAG